AUGCAUUCAUUCGCGAGACACACGCUACUUCUCAUAGUGAAACAACGAGCCUGUUCAGGAUCACCAUCUAGGGAUGAACGGCGGAGCAAUGUAGCUCUCUCGAGCUCUGGCAGUCACCAAAACCUGUCCAACACUCCGAGUGACUUCGACAUUUUUCACGGAUCGUCCUCGAUAGCGACCCACGCGCCUGAGCUACGUCCAGUUCUCGAAGUGGACCUUUUCCAAGGUACAAAACCAGUUGACCUAUCUUCUGUUUCAAGAAGAACCAACCUCGCAUCGCAAAUUCUCACGGAACAGUACAGUCCGAUUGUAGAAGGUCUUAAAGUAAAAAGAACGCAAAUUUUUCUUGGCGCUGCUGAGCGAUGGAUAACUUUCCCUGAAGACAAAUCUAUCACAUUUCCGGCAGAAAUCUUUUUACCAAAAGUACAAAUGGCAUAUACUGACGAUUCAAAGAUUUCACUGCGUAAUAUCGAAAUGGAAAGAAGACGAAAAAUAUAUAAAAAUCUUAAGAUAGAAGAUGUUUUAAAAGCGGAGAAUAUCAAGCCGAGUGACAUGUUACCUUUUGAGAAAAUUUACCCACUACUUUCCGACAAAGAGAAGUACGGUUUAUACUCUAAGACAAGUUACUUACCAUUGGAAUUGUUUGAUGACGAAGAAUACGAUUGUAGAACGAUAGAAGAAUGGAAAAAUCUGGGCCUCAUUAAUGGUAUUCGUUAUCCAUUACCAGCCACGGUAUUUGUCGAAAGGAUUAUAGAAAAAAAAUGGAUAUUUGAUCGCUAUAAUACUAAACUCAAUAAUUUGUUCGGUUGGUUUCAUGCCGCCGUUACGGAUUAUAAUAACGAACAAAAAUUGUGGACUGUCCUCACUCUAGACGGUUUCAAGCGAAAAUUCCUUCUGCCUAGAAUAUAUAUUCAAUUUUUUGGAGAGGAUCCUAGAAAAUUUGCCAAGAGAGUGGCUGCUGCUAUUAAACAAAGACAAAUUGCAGAGACUAGUAUCAGAUAUCACUUUUAUUUGGACUGCAUGUUAGUAGAAGGUAUGCCAACACUGGAUGAAAAACAACAGGAAAUUCUGUUAACCACGCGAAAAAGUUUCAUGAAAUCUGAAUCUAAACAUCUUUCCAAUUUGAUGGAUGAAGUUGUUUUGGAAUAUCGUCGCGUCAUGUGCGAUCUUAUGUGGAGAUCCCUUAUAUGGGAACAGCCGGAAAUGUUUAAUUUCAUUUCGUGGAAUGAAAUUAAUGACAUUCAUGAACUUAAAAUACCAGAAAUGGGAAAGUUUUGCACUGAAAUGGAAGACUUUACGAAAACAAAAAAUUUUUUUUGCUGGACAGUUUUGUACGUUUUGCCGGAAAUAUACGAAGCUAUGAGUUGUGUAAAUGUCGAAUGCAGUAACAUAUUGAAUAUGAAUCUCUUUGUCUCGAAUUAUGGAAAGUCUAUGUACCUGUUAGAGUUCGAGUCGCAGCAGCAGCAAGAAGCUGGUAUAGUGAUAAAGUAUCUGAAAGAAAUGUGGUUGGAAAGGAUUACACAGUCGGUUAGAUUACGUUUAAGAGAUAUUUCAGGAAAAAAAUGGUUCGAUCUUGAGCAAAAGAAUCAUGAUGAAUACAAUAUGAUAAACAUGAACCGAUUUAUGUCUCUUAUUACAUAUCGAAUGCAGGAUGCGCUUCGGGAUCUUGUGAAGAAAUCGAUGGCCUUAUACUUAGAAAUAUUGGAAACUCCAGCUCUUUGUACAUUAAAUGUGGAUGAAAAUUUUGUGUGGGGUGAUGAUCUGAUAAACACACACUUUAAAUCUCCAGUGAAUCCUAUCUUUAUUAUUGAUAUUGCUAUGAAUGACAAAACUGCUUAUUAUUUAACGGAUCUUGAAUUAUUUGAAAUUAUUAUAGCUAUAUUAGACAAUUCUUUGAAGCAGUGUCAACAAAUUGGAAAAAUUCAUCCUUUCUUAUUACCUUUUCUGAAAUUUCCCAAAGAUCUGUAUCUCAGCUCGGUCGACUUAUUAGAGGAACAGGUUUGUGAAGUUCGAGAACGCUUGAGAACUGCUUAUCAGAAGUCUAUAAUAUCCCUAAAGGCAUAUGUGAAGGAAUACCAGCAAUAUUUAGAAUUUUAUAAACUGGAUGUCGAAAAAUAUGUGGAGAAUUUCAAAAAAGCAGAUCACACUAUUGUGGAGAUCGGAGAUGAAGUAUUGUUCCACUUUAAGAUGAAAUCGAUCCUCGAGCUCACACUUCCAAAAGAUAUUGCUAUAGGACCUUUCUAUGUGAAUGUCCGUCCUCUCAGGGACUUUCUUAUACAAAAACGACAAAACUGUUACACACAGUUACUUAUUAUGUUUACUGACAGCUUGAGAACAAAGAUCAAUGUCGUUCUGUUUGAUUACGAGCAAAUUAAAACGAGGCUAAGGACAACAUCACGCAAUAUUGAACAUUUGUUCGAAGAACAGGAUUGGAUAGAAACUGUACCACUGAAAGUGAAAAAACUAGACGAAAUUGUACAAAAAUUGAAAUUUCAAUACAACAUUCUUGAUCACUUCUGGUGGAAUCUAUCCGACGGAGACUUUGAAGCUAAAUGGCAAGCUAUCGGUUUUCCGCAACAAGUGCAGCUAUAUAUGGAAGAAGCAAAGAAUCGCUUUAUCAGUGAAUAUGAAAAAUUUCAUAAAGUACAAGUACAAGAAGAAAUUCUUUUAUCAGAGAGAAUUGACACACUCAUGGGAAACGUUAUGAAUGUGAUACUACAGACAGAUAUCAAGAAAAUACAUGAAAUGGCUAUAGAAGUAAAAAGAAUUUCGAAAAUAAUGAAAGAAUAUCAAGAAUUUGGUUUAUUGUUGAAUGAACGGCAAAAAUUAUUCGACAUGGAUGUUGUGCCGUAUGAACAAUUAAAUAUAUUAAUAAAGGAAUUCGAACCAUACCAAACCUUAUGGAUUACUGCAUCCGAUUGGUUAAAAUGGCAGGAAAUAUGGAUAGAAAAUCCUCUAGUAAGUUUCGAUGCAAAUCAAAUAGAAAAUAUAACUGCCGAUACGUACAAAGCGAUAUCGCAUUGCAUAAAAGUAUUUCAAGAAAAUCCAAAGAUGAUUGCUGUAGCAGUCAAUAUAAAGGAUCAAAUCGAAGCAUUUAAACCAUACAUCAGCGUGAUACAAGCUUUGCGAUGUCCAGGAAUGAAAAAUCGGCACUUUGAAGAACUUAAUAAAAAAAUUGGUAUAAAAGUGGCACUUACGCCAACUUUAUCUUUUAAGAAUUUACUUGUUUUUAAUAUAAUGAAACACAAGGAAACUGUGAAGACCAUUGCAAACACGGCAGCAAAAGAAUUUUUAAUAGAAAAUACACUAGAUAAAAUGAUGACCGAUUGGAAAACAAUUACAAUGGAUGUUUUUCCUUAUAAAGAUACAGAUAAAUAUAUCAUGAAGAUUUCCGAUGAGAUCAUUACUUUAUUGGACGAUGAUUUACUUAAAACUCAAUAUCUUAGUUUUAGUCCUUUUAAAGCUGUUUUCGAAAACCAAAUUGAUGAGUGGGAAGCUAAAUUGAGAUUAAUUCAGGAAGUGAUCAUUCUAUGGGUGGAAGUGCAAAAGCAAUGGAUGUAUUUAGAACCAAUAUUUGCAUCUGAAGAUAUUAAUCGACAGUUGCCUGUAGAAUCGCGUAAAUUUAAUACGGUGCAACGCAACUUGGAGCGAAUUAUGGGAAACGCUCGUGAUUGCCCAAAUGUAAUUGUAACGUGUACGGAUAAAAUCUUAUUAUCAACUUUGAAAGAAUGUCUCUUGAACCUAGAAACUAUUAAAAAAGAUUUGUCCGAUUAUUUGGAGACUAAACGAAUGAUUUUUCCACGCUUCUUCUUCUUAAGCAACGAUGAACUUCUGGAAAUAAUCAUUCAGUCCAAGCACAUUCAAGCGAUCCAACCAUAUUUAAAGAAAUGUUUUGAAAACAUGGAGGAUUUGAGAUUUGAGAAUUCAGAUCUUAGAAUAACGAGGAUGUAUUCUGCCGAAUAUGAAGAAGUUGUGCUACGACCGCCGAUUUAUCCCGAAGGAAAUGUGGAGGAUUGGCUAGGACAAGUUGAGAAUGCGAUGCGCAAUACCCUGCGAGAGAUCAUUGGCGAGGCCCUCGAAAUAAUAGAAACGACACCGCGAAAGGAAUGGGUGUACAUGUGGCCGGGACAAGUAGUUCUUUGUGGAGGUCAAGUACAUUGGACUGCUCACGUGGAGGAAAGUAUCACAAACAACACUCUGCUCGACUAUUAUAAUUACAUGUUGCUACACCUUGAAGAAUUGCAAAAGUUAAUACGCGAUCCGCAAACUGAAGUACAAAGAUUAAUGCUGGAGGCCGUAAUGAUAAUUGAAAUUCACGCCAAGGAUGUUUUGUAUAAAUUGAUUCAAGAGAAAUUAAUCGAUAUCAAUGAAUUUGAAUGGAUCUCUCAAUUACGAUAUUAUUGGGUUAAUAACAAGGAUUUGAAGAUUCGCGCGAUAAAUGCUGAAUUUCCGUAUGAAUACGAAUAUUUAGGUAAUAAUGGAAGAUUGGUGAUUACACCUUUGACCGAUCGCUGCUACCUCACUCUUAUCAGUGCAUUGCAUUUGAAAUUCGGUGGUGCAUUAAUUGGUCCGGCAGGCACCGGUAAAACGGAAACUACAAAGGAUCUCGCAAAAGUAUUCGCGAUUCAAUGCAUAGUUUUCAAUUGUUCUGAUCAACUGAACUUUCAAUUUAUGGGCAAAUUUUUUAAAGGACUUGCCAGCACCGGUGCGUGGGCGUGUUUCGAUAAAUUCAAUCGAAUCAAUGUCGAAGUUUUAUCCGUUGUAGCGCAACAAAUCAUGACUAUUCAAAAAGCACAGCAAACACGAACAAACAAAUUUCUCUUCGAAGAAGUCGAACUUACAUUGAAGCAAUCUUGUGCUGUAUUCAUCACUAUGAAUCCUGGUUAUGUGGGUCGAACGGAGUUACCUGACAACUUGAAAGUACUUUUCCGUCCGGUUGCUAUGAUGGUGCCAAAUUAUGCUCUCAUCGCUGAAAUAUCUCUAUUCUCAUAUGGCUUCGUGGAUGCCGCAAAUCUUGCCAGAAAAAUCACGACGACUUUUAAGCUGUGCUCAGAACAACUAAGCUCACAAGACCAUUAUGACUUUGGUAUGUAUGCGGUAAAGACUGUUAUUGUGACUGCUGGGAAUUUGAAAAGAGAGCAGAAAGAUCUUGAAGAAGACCAAAUUUGUCUACGCGCCUUGAAAAAUUUUAAUGUGCCCAAAUUUUUGAAGGACGAUUUGAAAUUGUUUAACGACAUUGUAUCAGAUCUUUUCCCAAAGCUAAUCGAGAAACCAGUGGAUUAUGGAAUCCUAGAAGCGGGCAUCCGCAGAUCUAUUAGACAAAUGGGUUUAGAAGACGUCGAUGACUUUGUGAGAAAGGUAGUGCAGCUGUACGAGACUAUUUUGAUGCGUAACGGAUUAAUGCUCGUAGGUUUAACCAGUUCGGGAAAGACUAAGUGUUACGAAGUCUUAAAGCACACAUGUACAAAUUUGAAAGGUCAAUUGCAACCAAAUGGCAAGCCGUUUACAACAGUUAUUACGUAUGCAUUGAAUCCGAAGGCUAUAACAAUGAGACAACUGUAUGGCGAGUACGAUCUCGAUACACAUGAAUGGACAGAUGGAAUAUUACCAACUUUAAUACGAACGGAUAUAGCAACGGCAGAUUGCGAUAAACGAUGGUAUAUUUUUGAUGGACCAGUCGAUGCAGUAUGGAUCGAGAAUUUGAAUACUGUCCUGGACGAUAAUAAAAAGCUUUGUCUCACAUCGGGGGAAAUAAUGAAACUACUACCAACUCAAACCAUAAUGUUUGAAGUAUCAGAUCUUCGAGUAGCCUCACCGGCUACAGUUUCAAGAUAUAAAAUGCAGUUACGUAAAAUUAAUCUGGAAAAGUUGUUUCUGCAGACGAUGAACGAUUACAUCGAAGAAAUAACUGAGUUAACAACUCAAUUGGUGCUUCCCGGUCUGAAAAUUGUACGUGAGAGUUUACGAGAGAUCGUAAGAACUGUAGAUUCCGCUGUUGUUCAAUCUUAUAUAAAUCUAAUGAACUUCAGAAUUAGAUCGAUAGUCGGACGUGAAGAAAAAGCACCACCGAGUUUAGCUCUCCAAAAUGCUAUACCGGAUUUGUUGUCACCAUGGGCAGCUUUCGCCACUGUUUGGGGAUUAGGAGCAACUUGCGAUUACAAAAGCCGCUGCAUAUUUAAUGAUUGGUUAAGAAAAGUACAAAAGGAUGCCCAGCAUAAAAUGCCAUUUCCAGAAGAAGGCCUCGUAUUUGAUUAUAGGUUACACGAUGGAUUCACUGAUCCAAUCGAGGGUCAGAAGCCAAUUCCACCAAAGUGGUACAAGUGGUUGGACGGAGUUUUAUCUAUCACAGCAAAGCCAAAAAUAAAAUAUAUGGACAUCAUAAUUCCAACUAUAGACAGCGUACGAAGCGCAGCAUUAAUCGAAUAUCUCCUCACUAACGAGACAAAUAUACUUUGCGUGGGUGCAACCGGAAGCGGUAAAACUCUGACGGUGUCAGCGAAACUGUCACGUAACAUGCCAAAGAAAUACAUUUGCGAUUUUAUGACGUUCUCGGCAAGAACUACGGCGCAUCAAACACAAGAUUUAAUUGACGCGAAAUUAGACAAGCGACACAGAAAUAUCUACGGGCCACUUAUCCUGAAAAAGCAAGUUUUCUUCAUCGAUGACUUGAAUAUGCCGGCAUUAGAUACGUGUGGCGCUCAACCACCGAUUGAAUUAAUUCGCCAAUUUAUGGAUUUUAACGGGUGGUAUGACAAAAGGAAGAUCGGAUCCUUCAGACUGAUCGAGGACGUAAAUUUCGUCGCAGCUAUGGGACCUCCCGGAGGUGGAAGAAACCCAAUAACUGCUAGACUUUUACGGCAUUUCCAUAUUAUUGCAUUUCCAGAGAUGCAGGACGAUGCGAAAUCGCAUAUCUUUAAAACAAUCCUUGACUCAUGGAUGUCAAGCAUACCAGAAUUUUAUGAUCUACUGGAUGACAUAGUGGACUCCACUUUAAAAGUUUUUGCAGUUGUACACAGCGAAAUGUUGCCAACUCCCAAUAAAUCACACUAUACUUUUAAUCUUCACGAUGUGAGCAAAGUGUUCCAAGGCAUUCUUAUGGCAGACGCAAAAAAAAUUUUAGUUCGCGAAAAGUUAUUAUUACUUUGGUAUCACGAAAAUAUUCGAGUCUUCAGCGAUCGCUUUAUAAAUGACGAUGAUAAAAAAUGGUUUGAUCAGCUCUUAUGCGAUGUACUGAUGAAAAAAUUCCAUUGUAACGUGGACGAUAUUAUCGGAAAGAAACCAUUAUUUUAUAGCGAUUUUUGUAAUAUAAUAGGAGACUAUGAAGAGAUAACAGACAUCGAAAAAAUAAGAACUAUUCUACUUGAUAAUUUAGACAGUUAUAAUGAUUUAACGACAUCACCGAUACAAUUAAUAUUUUUUGAAGAUGCAAUAAAUCAUAUUUGUAGAAUCACACGAAUACUUCGACAACCUGGAGGAAAUGCUUUACUGCUUGGAAUAAGUGGAUCGGGACGUCGAAGCUUGACAAAGUUUUCAUCGUAUAUCAAGGAAUACAAUUGUUAUCAGAUUGAAAUCAAUAAAGAUUAUACAAUUCAUGACUGGCGAGACGACAUCAAAAACAUAAUGCUAAAAGCAGGAUUACAAAAUCAACCUAUUGUUUUUUUGUUUUCUGACAUGCAUAUAACGAAUGACUCAAUGCUGGAGGAUUUAAACAAUAUCUUAAAUAAUGGAGAUAUACCGAACAUAUAUCAAACUGAUGAAAUGAACAAAAUAUAUCAAGCAAUGCAAGUACCAGCACAAGAGGCUGGAUUUCAAAUCAAUAGAAGUAACCUUUUCUUCGUUUAUCAGAAAACAGUCAAAAGCAACUUCCACGGUGUCAUUACGAUGAGCCCGAUUGAAGAUACAUUUCGCGCUCGCAUCAGACAAUUCCCGGCACUAGUAAAUUGUUGUACUAUUGAUUGGUUUUACCCCUGGUCGGAUGCCGCACUUCAGAGCAUAGCAACACAUUUUCUAUCGGAUAUCAAAGAGUCGAUCUCGGAUGAUAUUUUGCAGUCUAUCGUAAAAAUAUGCAAGUAUAUACACUACAGUGUGAUCGACGCUAAUGAUCGCUUCUUAAAAGAACUAGACCGUCAUAAUUAUGUUUCUCCAGCAUCACAUUUGGAACUGCUAUCGAAUUAUGGUAAUCUUUUAAAAAAGAAGAAAGAUGAAUUAAAUUCUUCAAUGACAUAUUUAUCCACUGGACUAAAUAAAUUUGCGAACAUAGAAACAGAAGUGAAAGACAUACAAGAGAUGCUGAAACAAAUGAAGCUCGAGUUAGAGAAAACGGCAGAGGCUACAGCAAGAAUUAUACAUGAGAUUACACAAGACACAAUUGAAGCAGAAAAAACCAAAGUGGUGGUUAUGCAACAAGAAGCAGAAGUAUCAAAAAUAAAGGAAAAGAAUAAAGAAAUCAGAGAUGAAGUGGAAGCAGAUUUGAGUGAAGUAAAGCCAAUGCUCAAGGCUGCUGAAGCCAGUUUAAAGGCACUACGUAAGAAAGAUAUUACGGAAGUAAAGGCGAUAAAAAGACCGCCAAUGGGAGUACUCUUAGUGAUCGAAGCAAUGUGUAUUAUAAACAACGUGGCACCAAACAAGCUUCCUGGAAAACUUCCCGGUGAGAAAAUAUUGGAUUAUUGGACUCCUGGAAUUGAAAUGCUAGAAGAUCCAGGUUAUUUUUUACAUACAAUGACACAUUUCAAAAAGGAAAAUAUCACGGAGGAAAUUAUCAAUAAAUUAAAAGAUUAUGUAGAAAAUCCCAAUUUUCGACCAGAUAAAAUACUUCAAGUUUCGAGAGCUUGCCAUUCCUUAAGUUUGUGGAUCCGUGCUAUAUACUACUAUUAUUUCGUAAAUAAGAAAGUCACACUCAAAAUAGCAGCCUUGGAAAAAGCAGAAGAAGUUCUCAUUAAAACCGAAACAGCAUUGGCAGAUAUCACAAUGAAACUUCAAGAGGUAGAGGAAAGGAUUGAAAAAUUGCAAGAUCAAUUGAAAGAAGAGGAAGCAAAGAAAAUUGAAUUAGAAAGAGAGAAGCAGCUUUGCGAAGAACGAAUAGCACGAGCUGUAAGACUAAUUCUAAGCCUGUCGGAUGAACAAAAACGAUGGAUUAUUAUGAUAGAUAAUAUAAAAAUGUCUUUAAAGAAUGCUGUCGGUGAUAUUCUUCUAUCAUCAGGUGCAAUUGCAUACCUAACACCCUUCACGGACACUUAUCGCCAAAAUCUCUUGGCAACCUGGUAUGAUGCUCUUGGUGAAGAUGUUCCUCACACUUCCGGCUGCAAUCCGAUAUUAACACUCGGCAAUCAAAUAGAAAUAAGAAAUUGGCAUAUGAAUGGUUUACCAAAGGAUACCCUACUCAUCGAGAACGCGGUUCUUGUGAUGAAUUCCAAACGAUGGCCCUUCUUCAUUGACCCUCAGGCACAAGCAAAUAAAUGGAUAUGUAAUAUGUGCAAACCGAUUGGACUUUCCAUUGCAAAAAUAACGGAUAAAGAUCUAUUGCGUACCAUUGAAAAUUGUGUGCAAUUCGGAAAACCGUGCUUGAUAGAAAACAUCAGUACUGAACUGGAAGCUUUUCUAGAUCCUAUUCUCACUUGUGCAUUGUUCAGUCACGCCGGACAGCCAAGCAUCAAAAUUGGCGAAAAUAUAGUACCCUACAAUUUCGAUUUCCGUCUUUACUUGACUACGAGAUUAUCUAAUCCCUAUUACACACCAGAUACAGCAAUAAAAGUACUGAUAGUCAAUUUCACGCUGACUGCUGGCGGUCUUGCCGAUCAAAUGUUAUCUCUGGUUACUAUAAAAGAGCGUCCUGAUCUUGAACACGAAAGGAAUGCGCUUAUCGUAUCGAGUGCUGAAAUGAAACAGGAUCUGAAGGAGAUCGAGGACAAAAUUCUUUACAGACUCAUGGUACCUGAAUCAAUAAUUGAUGAUGUUGAUUUAAUUUGUACCUUGGAGGUUUUAAAAACUAAGAGUGAGGAAAUCAAGAUGAAGAUAGAGACUAUUGAGCUUACACAAACAGACAUUGAUUUUACAAGAUCAUUAUAUAUGCCAGUAGCAAACCGGGCACAAAUAUUAUUCUUUUGUAUCGCUGAUUUCCAACGUAUCGAUAUCAUGUAUCAAUACUCUCUAGAAUGGUUUGUCGUUAUAUUCAAUAGGAGCAUAUCAAAUACCAAAAUAAACGAUAAUAUUAACGAACGAAUUGCUAACAUCAACGAGAAUCUUACGUUUGCUUUCUUUACGAAUGUCUGUCGCAGCUUAUUCGAAAAACACAAAAUGCACUUUAGUUUUCUCGUCUGCGCACGAAUUCUUUUAGAUAAUGGUACAAUUGAUCCAAUGGAAUGGCAACACUUUCUUACAACAGCCACACCUAUACGGAAGUUACCAAAUCCUGCAUCAGAAUGGAUUACCGCACAAUGUUGGCAAGAAAUUCAAGCUUUAGAACAACUUCCAAAGUUCGACAAAUUUAUCACAUCUUUCCAACUGUCGUUACCUCAAUUUAAAAACAUAUUCGAUACUCAGGAAGCACAUUUAGUACCAUUUCCUCAACCAUGGGAGACAAAACUCGACGAUUUUGAGAAGUUACUGGUACUCAAAUGCUUACGGCCCGACAAGAUUAUCAAUGCUAUACAAAUUUAUUUGAUAAAAUAUCUGGGACAACAAUUUGUUGAACCUCAAACUACAGAAUUGUUAACAAUUUACGAGGAAUCAUCCAACACCACGCCAAUUGUCUUUAUUUUAUCGCCUGGUACUGAUCCGGCCGCAGAGUUAUAUAAGUUCGCCGAAAAAUUAAAAAUGGAUAGAAAAUUGUAUUCUAUAUCUCUUGGUCAAAGUCAAAAAUUCAAGGCACAAGCUAUGCUGAAAGAAUCAGCAGAAAUGGGCACUUGGCUCUUUUUUCAAAAUUGUCAUUUGACACCAAGCUGGAUGCCAAAACUUAAAUUUAUGAUCGAAACGUUAUCAUCAGAAAAAACUCAUCAUAACUUCCGAUUGUGGUUGACGUCUGCGCCGUCGCCUGACUUUCCAAUCAGUAUUCUUCAAAAUAGCAGCAAAAUGACAAUUGAAUCACCCCGAGGUGUAAAGACCAAUAUGUUACGUGCAUAUCUGACACAAGUCACGGAAAUACAAGAGUUUCUGCAAUCCGAUCACCUGAAAGCUCUGUCAUUCAAGCGGCUUAUAUUCUCACUUUGCAUGUUUCACUCAAUCCUGAUCGAGAGACGGAAAUUUGGUCCCCUCGGUUUCAAUAUAUCCUACGAUUUCACAAACGGCGAUUUAGCUAUAUGCUUGUCGCAAUUGCAUAUAUUCUUCAUGGAAUACAAUACUUUGCCGUUUAAGGCUCUUAUAUAUACUGCUGGGCAUAUCAAUUAUGGUGGGCGAAUAACAGAUGAUUGGGAUCGUCGAUGUGUUUUGACACUUCUCGAAGACUAUUACAAUGCUAAUGUCAUUUCUCAAGAUUAUCAGUUUGAUGAAAAAGGAUUUUAUCAUCAGUUACCGGCUGCAGCGACAUUCAAGGAUUAUCUAGAAUAUAUAAAAGAUUUACCUUUAAUCGACAAUCCGUCAUUAUUUGGCAUGCAUUCAAACGCCGAUAUAAGCUAUGCACAAGCAGAAGCACAUGCUUGCCUCACAACUUUAUUAAACAUGCAGCCCAGGGAACUUGACGUUGCAACCACAAGUGUCGAGGAGGUAACAACUCAAAUAACCAAGAAUAUGUUGGCCACAAUGCCCGAAUCCUUUGAUUUAAUCGCAAUACAAGCAAGGUACCCUAUGUCGUACGAGGAAUCCUUUAAUACCGUGUUACUACAAGAAGCUAAGCGAUAUAACGAUUUACUCAAAAUUGUGCAAUCAACGUUGCAAGAUCUUUUAAAAGCUUUAAAAGGAUUGAUCGUUAUAUCAGAACAGCUAGAAAUGAUAGCUACCAGUCUUUUUAAUAAUAAAAUACCUGUAAAUUGGCAAAGCAAAAGUUAUCCUUCUUUAAAAUCUUUAGCCGGAUGGUUCGUCAAUUUAAGGGAAAGAAUUAAGUUUAUAAGCAAUUGGCGAGACCAAGGUAUACCGCCUGCAUUUUGGUUGUCAGGAUUUUAUUUUCCUCAAGCCUUUUUAACUGGCACGUUACAAAAUUUUGCGCGUAAAUACGUAUUAUCCAUUGACACAAUCGAUUUUAGUUACAAGAUUUUAACUUCCAAACCAACGCAGAGACCAUUGAAUGGCUGUGUCAUUUACGGACUUUUUUUAGAAGGCUCCCGGUGGGACGGAAACUAUCUCGUCGAGUCUUUACCAAAGGAAUUAUUCACCGACAUGCCGCCAAUUCUUGUAUUACCAGAAGUUCAUCACGUAAUUCCGCCUCACAAAAUUUACGUAUGCCCUGUAUACAAAACUAUCGAGCGAUCUGGAACUUUAAGCACAACAGGACAUUCCUCGAACUUUGUUCUAGCGAUAGAAAUUCCAAUUGACAAACCGCAAUCACAUUGGAUAAAAAGAGGGGUAGCAUUGAUAUGUACUUUAGACUAUUAA